GCAUUUUAUGACGAGCAAGCCAACAAAAGAAUGAGAAGCCUAAGUCUCACCACCUAACCUUUCCUGUGCUCACUUUCCCCUUACACAUUAGCUAAGACAUCAGAAACUUUGGAGGUCUUCCAUUUUCGGUCCCAAAGACUCCAUUGGAGGAAGAAGUGUAGAGAUCCUAGAAGAAGUAACAAAUUUAAUCAUCUUGCCAUUCAAAGAAAGCCUUGGUGUGGCUGCUGGGCAGUCGUGUACUAUUAGAGCAAGGCUGCCAGCAUGGCAGCACAGUGCUGGGCAGGUUUUGGGCUGCUGCGUGUAGGCUGCUUGCACAAUAGCCACGUCGGUGGUCCUUUGGUGGUCUGGUGGUGCCCAUUGACUGUCCGAUGAUGCGAUUGACUGCUUAUGAUUUUCCCGGAGAGACUUGACGUGCUGGUCCACCAAAUGCGUGCAACAUCCUGACAAAGCCACUCGCUAUGACCCCAGGUGAGAGUGUGCUUUUUCGGUCUUAGAGAGCUUAAAACGUAAUAAUUUAUUAAUUAAUUAAAUCAACUAGUUAGUUGUGUGUUUUGUUCUUGGAACCUAGUCACCUGUGGGUAGGGGGACGUGGGGUGGGGUGGGGCUGAUGAUGAAGCGACGAGACCAAAAAUGAUGAAUAGACUUUAGUUUUGAUGUAUCACGCCCAUUGAUGUAUCACCUUUUGGGAAGUGUCAUUUAAGUUAAGUACUUAAUAUGUAUUACUAUGUUAGUACUUAAUAUGUAUCACGCUCUUUGAUGAACAUCAAUUACAUUUCUCUAAAGUCUAUUCUAUAUCUUCAAUUACAUAUGAUUUUUUAGAUCAUGAUCUUUCUCCUAAUGUGUCUCAAUUUCUUCAUGCCAAUGAACUCCAUCUCCAUCUCAACAGUCCCAAAUUACAAAUCCCAUACACAGCCCAACAAUGCAAAAUAAUGCUUAAAUUACUCCUUUCCCUACCCGACAUUGAAGCCUCGCUGCCCUUGACCUACAUCUUCCUUCGGCCCAACAACAAACUCAAGCGAACCCAAAUCCCUUAACUGAAGCCCAACAUCAACUGACCUAACUUCUUUACCUCAAGCUCAAUUGUUUUCCUCUCCAACUGAUAUUCUUCCUCCUAGCCCUACUACAUCAUUUUAAGAUCAAUCUUUACCCUCUUGUCAUUCUCCUUUACAAAAAGGUUGAAUCACAAGAAGCAAACAUGAUAUUUUAAAACCAAACCCAAAUACCAUGAGAGCGCCUACACACCUCAACCAAAAAAUCACCCUUACCUAAAAAUGCACUAGUAGCUCUCUAACAUAGUUACCUGGAACGCCAUAUGGUUCGGGAUGUGGUACGAGAACGGAAAUGCUAGACGUCACCUAAAGUGACUCCUGAACGAUGGGGACAUUUUCUAAAAUUUAUAAUUAAUUAUGAGAGAUAGAAAAACAAUGAAAAUAAUAAGAGUAUAAGAAGAUAAAAUAAAAUAAAGAAAAGGAAGAAAAAAGAUUAAGCAAAAAAAGCUAAUGGAAUAUAUUACACCACAUAUGAUGGUAGUUUUACCAUUCUACUGUAAAACUAUAAAGAUACAGGCCAGCAGUGCACGUCAUUUGAACUGCUGAUAUUAAUUAAUAAAGGGAAAUUAUCAAUAGUACCCCUGAGUUUUGGCACUGCUUCAAUGGUGCUUCUAAUUUUUUUUAAUUAUCAAUGAUACCCUCGUGUUAUUGAGCGUCAUAUAACCGUAACUUUUUUUUAAUUUUUUUCGUCCAAAACCGUCCAAAAUGGUUAACUUUUUUUCUUUUUUCUUUUAUUUUUGAAUUUAAAACAUAAAAAACACAGUACUUCCCUACCACUUCUCUCCAUUUCUUUAACAUCGUCAAUAUCUUCAUGUUCUGUCAUGUACUUACUCCAUUUGGAUGCCACUUGCUUCCAUGUAUUCGUGUAGUGUAGCUGCUGUUGUCGCUAUUGCUCUAAAUGUCUUGCUGCUCCUUUGAUCAUCCACCAAGCAUUCAUCACACACUGAUCCAGAUGUUGGAUUCGAAGUGCUUUGCUGAGUUUCCAUGAUUACUUUUGUUGAAAUUCCUGCUCAAGUCAGAAGAAAACCACUGAAAUUACUUUAUCAGUGUGUAAAUAUCUCAAAAAUUGAAAUUAUAGAAUACAUAAAAACUUGAUCAUUUGUCAAUUUUGGUUACCUCUUUUCGAAACAAUUGGCUUGUAACAUUGAUUUUUAUCAAUGUCAAAAUAACCACCACCAAAUUUACCCUUCAAUUUUGGUUUCUUACACAUUAAAUCCUCAGGAAGCUCAGUGACAACUCUUGACUCCGCAACUAUAUUAAAUAUUAAAAUUGAAUCAAUCAAAAAAUAGCUAAUCUAAUGUGGAUUUCAAAUAAUGAGGCUCUGAAAUAUUAUCCUUUUCCAUAAACUCGCUCUAAUCAGUACGUCGUUUUACUGUAAUCUCCUCAAUCUCCGAAUCACCACCAUCAGGAGAUUGUUCCUGUUCUGAUUGCUGCAUUUCAUCAUGAAAUUUGCGAGACAUGUUAAAGGAUUGAACGACUUUCCGGACAUCCUUAGCUUGAUAACUUUGAGCGUAGAUCUUGAUAACAGAUUGCUUUUGAUUACAGACUACACAAUUCCAUUUAUUGCUGCUCUUUUUCUGUUGCUUCACCAGCUUAAAAUAUUGUAAUUAUCAAAAAAUUUUGAUUGAUAAAGAUGGAUGAAGAUUGAAGAUUAAAGAUUGAAGAUUGAGAGAGAAGGAGAGAGAGAGAAAGAUGUCUGCAUGAAGGGAGAUGGUAGGGAAGUAAUUUUCUUUCUUUUUUUUUUGUGUUUUAAAUAGAAAAAAGAAAAAAAUUUAAUGAUUUUGGACGGUAAAAAUUUAAAAAGGUUACUGUUGUAAGACGCUCAAUAACACGAGAGUACCAUUGAUAAAAAAAAAACUUAGGGGCACCAUUGAGAAAGUGUCAAAACUCAGGGGUACUAUUGAUAAUUUCCCUUAAAUAAAACCAUACGUUCAAACCUAAACAAUACAUCUUCUAAAUUAGAGAAAGGAAAAAACACAAAAGACAGAACUACAAUGGCGGCAAUGCUCAGAUCUCGUUUAUAAGAUAAGAUUUCUUUACUUUUUCUCUUUUCUUCUCUUCAAUUUCCUCUAAUUUCCUUUAUAUCUCUUCGCUUCCUUCUAAAUUUUUCUUCUUUCCGUGGUUUUCUUCCCAUUUAGUGGGUUUAAAACAUCACAUUUUCAUGGAUUUGGAUAUUUUCUGAGUCAAAGUCGUUGACAAUUUGGUAUGCAACCCAUGGCAACUUGGUACGCUAGCGCUCUGCAUUUUGGGUCAAUCGUUCCCAAUCAGAAAACGGCUCAUUGUCCCACAAUCCGGGUAAUUAUGCUUUCCAAUACCCUAAUUGAAAAAUGGCCAUUACAAUGCUCUUAUUAAAAAUAGGACGUGGGAUUUCGUUCCAUGAUCACCUGAUGUCAAUCUUCUUCGAUUUCUUUGGAUUUUUAGACACAAAGAAAGAUCUUAUGGUACUUUUGAGUGACACAAAGCUCGUCGCAUUGGUAAUAGUGCAAGUCAACAGGUUGGUUGAUUGUGGUGAUACUUUAGCCUAGUAGUUAAGCCCAGCUAACAGUUCUCAGGUUUGUCAUUCUUUUUAAUUGGAAAACUGAAUUUUGUUCUUGUCCUGUAAGAUUGGGGUUUGUUCUAUUGAUCUAAGUAAGAUGAUACAGUGGUGAUGAAAGCUGAAUCUUAUUCUUAUACUCUGCUUUCUAGAUUUCAAUGUUAGAGAAAUUAUUUUAUUUUAAAUUGAAAAUUUUGCUGACUUUGAUUUGCCUAGCUUAGUGUUGAUGAAAAACGAAUUUUGCUCGAGUUAUCUACAUAGAAGAGGUUUCAAAAUUUUGGUUUAAGAUAAAAGGUUACUGUUCAAUUGUCUUUCUUUUUGUUCUUUCAGCUACAUUUAGUUUGUAGUUCUGGCUCACGGGAUGAUCACACCUAACUAAUACUUGGGUAACUUAAUUGGUUGAUUGCAGUUAUAGUGGAAAUCUGUUGAAUUAGGUUUAUUUUAGUGAUCUUGAAAGUUUUAGUAUUGAAUGUUUUUUUGAUGUUUAAGUGAUCUUGAAACUUGGAUUUUUAUGUAGUAUUUGUAUUGGGUUUAUUUUGAUUAAGUUGAUUUUUAGGAUUUUUAGUUAGUAUUAGUUAGAUUUAGUUGUUUGAUCGUAAUUUUUAGUUAGGAUUUUAGGUAGUAUUAGUCCAAAAAUUCACCAAGUCCUCUAAUAACUCUAAAAAUCAAGAGUCACAACCUCCAUUAAAAUGUUGUUGAAUGUAAGUUUUUUUUUUAAGUUCAAAUUGUUGAUAUCACUUGAUUUUUGGUAAGAAGAAUAUAUCAUAUUUAAAGGAUGUAGCUAGACUAUGAUUUAGAGAAUAUCAUGAGAUCAUGCAAUUCUAAUCGUUAAUGUAUACUCAAAUUAUCAAGGCUGAUACCUUAGUUUGUAGCAUGUGGAAAAUGUGGAAGGAAAGGGAGAUCCAACUGUUGUAUGUGAUUAAGUAGAUCAAAAUUUUAGUUAUAGAUCUCAAUAUAAAACAUAGAACUCUAAUACAUUUGAAUCUUAGUUUUAAAAAGUGCUAGGCGCACCAGGGUGCAAAAGUUCCUUAGAGCUUAGGUGAAAACUGCAGGGCGAAGCUGCGAGCUUUAUGUAAGCGAAUUGCACUUUUUUGCUAAAAAGAUUAAAUAUCUAUUUUUAAACAUAUACGAUACUUAAAACAACAAGACAUUCAUAUUAUAAUAGCAACAUGCUUGAAAACAUUCAUUAUCAUUGCAUAAACACUAUAGCACAUAGCUAUUAUAACGAGAAUCGGAAGAAGUUAUUUUCUUCAUUUUAGCUUUGUUUUUUUAUGGAAGCAACGUUUUGUCGAACUUCAUAUUCAAGUGAAUUUGGGUUUUAAUUUUUAUUUCUUUUCUAUACAAACAAGCUUAAGUUAAUCACCCAGCCCAAAGAGGAGAUGCACCGGGCGCACAAGGUGUAAACGCAUUGAGGUGCAGCAAGGCGCACUCCUUAUGUACUGGGCUUUGCCUCACCUAGCCGAGGCGUUUUCAUCCGAGCCUGAGUUCAAGACGCGAAGCGAGGCACACUUUUAAAACUAUGUUCUGGAUAGAUAACCAGUAUUCAUUAGUGGAGCAAGAAGGCCAAAUAUGAUUGCAAUUUAGUAAGCAUAACACAUUCAUGACUACUGUUUCCCCCUCAUUGAAGUUGAAGAGAGGAAAACUCUAAGGUUAUCUAAUAAGAGAAACACACGUCUGUAGAAAGAGUGGUGGAGAUGGGAUAUAAUGGGAUUAAUUAAUAGAAGGCAAGUUGGGACUUGGCAGAGGUUAAAGGAUUAGAAAUAGCAACAAUGUCAAAGUCAUAAUACCAACAACCGUGUGUGUGCCAAGUGAACUUAAAUAAAUCAAUGUGAAAGAUUGUGAGUAACAAAGAUUAUACUUUAUUUGAAUCAAUCUAAUACUGAUUUACAACAAAGAAAAUCAAUUCUACUUAUGUACACCUAUAUUCUUCUUUUUCUAUCUAUUUUUGUAGUCAUCGACUACAAUGAUUCUACUAAUGCUAAUCUGCAACUAAGAUAAACAAUUUCAAUGAUCAUUUCCCGUGGGUGCUACGACAUUCAUUUUCAGUUUCCCAUUCCCAAGCUCAUUAGUGUGCAGAAUUGCGGUAGGUUAAUAACAGCCAAUGUAAACCAUCCUCACAUCCUAUUAUAUGAGGGAUUCGAAAUAAAACGGUUGAAAAGGUGGAGUUGAUACUUUAUAGUAAAGGUGACCAGAUCAAAUGGACUUUUGGUUCGCUGUGGUUGAUAGGUAUUAGAAAAGGAGGUGCACUGAUCUCGAUUAUUGAAGUCAAAAGUUAGCGAAGAUGGCUUGCAGUAGUAUAUAAACCUUGAUUUUUCUGCAAUCUCGUAAGAGUUAGUUCUGGAUAUCAGACUUGGAUUGGCAAUGUACUUAUAGAUGUGCUUGAAACAAAUUAAUAUAUCUAUAGCAAUUCACUGUCUUAUAUUUGCUUCCUCCUUCCCCUGAUGAAGGGCGAAGCAGAGCGUUUAGUCUGGUGUUACUGCUUUCUGGAAAAAUUUCUGUACAUUUUCUGCUCAAUUGUACCAUGAACAAUUUUAAAUAUGUUAGUGCAUGACAUCAUUGAGGAGCCUAAAAUCAGAAAGCCCAUCCUGGGUGAUCUUUAUUUGAUCACAAGAUUAUUUCUUUGUAAUUAAUUAACAAUAGUAAUGUGGAUUGGAUGAAGAAAUUGAAAAAAAAUGUGUGAAUGUGAAUUGUUGAUAGAGUGUGGAUUGUGGAAUCAAUGGAUUGACUUUAGUAGACAAAUGUAGCAAACUCGACGACACAAGAGUUUAUCUUUUGGAUAAGCAACCAACUGUUCUGAUUCGAUUCACUUCCUCGGUAGACACACUUCAAAAUGUCUUUGUUUGGAUCCCUAUAAAAAAUAAAAUUUGUUCUAAAAUAUAAUUUCAGGUGCACAAAUGUACCUAAUCUGAUGGAAGAUAAAUUUUUCACAUUAAGGUUACAGGUUCGGAUCACUCCAUCUAUAUCAAAGAGUGGCAGGGUUUCACUCACAUUUUGGCUCUCAGCCAUUUUGACGAUUAUACUAUCAAAUUGAAGUUAUCUUAUUCUUCAGGAAUAUAUUCAUUUUGUGGUUGUAUUUUGAUAAAACUGUACUGUUUUGACCUCCCCGCUACUUAUUUAGAAACAAUCUCUGCCUCACUCAAUAUUUGCUGUUUGCCUCUUUGAUGUGAGAGCUUUUUGUAGAAUAUAUAGCAAAACGAAUAGGAUAGAGGGAGUUUACUUUGAAUUGUGCUCCAUUGUUUUUGUCGACACUUUCUAGUUAAGAUCAUUUCUUCACAUGUUAAAAAAUUCUUUCAAAAUAGUGUUCUUCCAUCUCCAUCCUUGUUAUUUACUAUAAUCCAAACAUUGAAGGGCUAGUUGAGUAUUUCGUAUUUGGUAAUUUGAAUGUAUGUCUGAUGAAUUGCUAUUGUUAGGCUACCUUUUUCUACAAGUGAAAUUUUCGUGUAUUUUGAAGCACCAAAGUUUGUGGAGCUAUGAUGGGAGUGAAUUCUACACAUCACACACCAACUGCUGUAGUUCUUACUGGAACAGCUCAAAAAGGAACAGUUGGCCCUCCUAUUGGUCAUGUUGACAUUGGAAUUAGCAAAUCAGCAUACUUGUUUCGAGUUGCACUUCCCGGUGUUAGAAAGGAUGACUGUCACUUGAGAUGUGAGAUUGAGCAUGAUGGAAAGGUUCAUCUUCACGGAGUUAUAACAGGUGGAGAAUUAGUUAAAAAGAAUCCUCAAACUGUGUUUCACAUGAAAGUGGCACAGCUGAGCCCACCUGGACCAUUCACAAUCUCUUUCAAGUUGCCAGGUCCUGUUGACCCAAGGUUAUUCUCACCCACUUUAAGGUCUGAUGGUAUAUUGGAGGGUGUUGUGAUGAAAUACAGGGCAACGGGUGUACCCCCUCGUAGUAAUCAGUUUGAUCCCUGUUGAACAAUUCCUCCCCAGUUCUGCUACCUGUGUAUCAUGUAAAGGUAUGUGUACUGUUUGUUUAUGAGAUUAACAUAGUAGAAAGAAACUUUGUCAAUCGAUUAUCUGGAUUCUAGUUGUAGUUGUCUGAUGAUGUGACCAACUUGCAAACCUACAGUGGUUUGGUUAUGGAUUAGUGUUAAUUACUAUGCGGCAAAACUUGCAAACUUGCAGAAACUUGUCAAUAGCCAUUAUUCUCAUGAAUUUUAUCCCCUUGUCGUAUGAAAGACCGUUUGUUGGUUGUUAGAAUAUUUUGUUGCUUAACAAUGUGUUUGAAUGGAUGAAUUUAGAUGAAAAAGGAUUGAAGGGAGGUCGAGUAAAUUGGUGCCUUUUUUGUUGAUUUGGAUGGGGAGAACUAGAGAUGGAAAUUGAAGAAAAAUAAUUACUUCCGCUUUUCAGAAAAUCAAAUUCUCCCACUGAUAAAAUAUGGAAGUCCAUGUUCGAUGGUGUAAUUAUUUACAUUUUAGAUUAAAAUGAACGGAUUAUAAUUUAUUGAUUAAUUAAAUCAUAUGCGCUUUUUCUUUAUGUGAAGUUGUGAAAGAUGUUUGUUAUCAAGAGUUCUUUGUUACCACAAGUGUAAGGUUGUGUAAAUUCAACCUUAUUAAAUUCCGUCUAGAUGGAAAGCUAAGUGACAGUCAUUCUAUUACAUUAUUAAGAUAAUAAAAUGCUAAUGCUGAUGAAAUUUGGAAGAAAAAUGGACAAUCCUCUCCGUCUCUUCCCUCCCCCUUCCCCUUCUAUGAUUGUUAUUUUGUUAGCAAGCACUUCAUGAAGCAAAACAAUGCAUCUCAAUACACUGACCCACACAGAAGUAUGGCUAUAUGAUACUCCCCCGACUGAACCAGAGUUUUCAGCUAAACACCAGGGUAUUCAAGUUGUAUUCUAUGAUAAGAUGAGCCUGCCGUCCAUUACUGAGAGAGAGAUUUGUUGCUUGUUCGAGUCUUAUCAGAUGUCUGAAAUCUAUGUAUUCAUGGCCUUAUUUUAUCAGCUUCUGCAAAAGCUCACAUUCAUGUAUUCAGUUCUAUUUUGACGGUUUGAUGAAUAAACUUGUGCAAUUCAAAAAGAGACUGAAUUUUACCCUCCCCCCCCCCCCC